CUGUCUGGUUCUCCUCUCCUCAGGUGUGUCCUGUGGUGGUCUAGGAUGCUCCUGUAGUCCUGUGUCAGGGUGAAGCCGUGGUCAUGCCGUGUUCCUGUGCUGAGUGGAGGAGGUGGAUCCGUCCUCUGGUCCUGGUCCUCUAUGCCCUCCUGCUGGUGGCCGUGCUGCCGCUCUGCAUCUGGGAGCUGCAGAAGGACCAAGUUGGGACUCACAGUAAAGCCUGGUUUAUCGCCGGUGUGUUCGUCUUUCUGACCAUCCCAGUUUCACUGUGGGGGAUUCUGCAGCAUAUGGUGCACUACACCCAGCCUGAGCUGCAGAAACCCAUCAUCAGGAUCCUGUGGAUGGUUCCCAUCUACAGCCUGGACAGUUGGCUGGCUCUGCGUUAUCCCAGCCUGGCCAUCUACGUGGACACGUGCAGGGAGUGUUAUGAGGCCUAUGUCAUCUAUAACUUCCUGGUGUUCCUGCUGAACUUCCUCAGUAACCAGUAUCCCAGUCUGGUGCUGAUGCUGGAGGUCCAACAGCAGCAGAACCACCUCCCACCGCUCUGCUGCUGCCCACCAUGGCCCAUGGGAGAGGUGCUGUUGUUUCGCUGUAAACUGGGAGUCCUCCAGUACACGGUGGUCCGACCUGUAACCACGGUGAUCGCACUGAUCUGUCAGCUCUGUGGUGUUUAUGAUGAAGCCAACUUCAGCUUCAGAAACGCCUGGUCCUACCUGGUCAUCAUCAACAACAUUUCACAGCUGUUUGCCAUGUACUGCCUGGUGUUGCUCUACUGUGCUCUCAGGGAAGAGCUGACCCCCAUCAGACCUGUGGGAAAGUUCCUGUGUGUCAAACUGGUGGUGUUUGUGUCCUUCUGGCAGGCUGUGCUGAUCGCAUUCCUGGUCAAAGUUGGUGUUAUCUCCGACAAACACACCUGGGACUGGGACAGUGUGGAAGCUGUGGCAACUGGACUACAGGAUUUCAUCAUCUGCAUAGAGAUGUUCCUGGCUGCCAUCGCUCACCACUACACCUUCACCUACAAACCCUACGUCCAGGAGGCAGAGGAGGGCUCGUGUUUCGACAGUUUUUUGGCGAUGUGGGAUUUCUCUGACAUCCAAGCUGAUGUCACAGAGCAGGUCCGCCAUGUGGGUCGUACGUUUCUGGGUCGUCCAAAUAAGAUGUACUUUGGAACGUUGGCGAGGCCUGAACACACCGAACACACCGGCCUCCUGACGGCCAGCUCCCAGGAUCCUCUGGUGGCGGCGGCCACAUCUAUGCCGUCCUCGCCUUCUUCCAGUGGGCGGUACCAAGGCCUAGGACACACCCCCGCCCCUCACUCUAUCUCUGCUCCUGCGGGGUUUACGUCUUCGUCCUGGGAGGACGACAGCGACGGCUCCUCCCCCCCACCUGCAGGUGAACCCCAGUAGGAGGAGGCUUCUCAUCUGUACGCUCCUGUUUGAACCACGGCAGGUGUGUUCUGGAACGGCAACAGGAAAAUGCAGACGUGGACUCACCUGAAGGGUUGGUUCUGAACAGUGACUCUGGCUGUAACCGUGGACAGAUGGAUGGAUUUACUCUGAACUCAAAGACACUUCACACUCUGUGAUGUCAAAGCCAUGUGUUUGAACAAACCUGAACUAUUUUUCACCUAAUCCUCCAGAUUCAAUGUAUGAAAUCUGUAUUUGAAGUCAAAUGAUGUCAUUUUAAUAAAUGUAUGUCCAGCUGU